UGCGGUCAGCGCCCAAAAUUUCCCGCAAAAAAGUUCUUAUCGGCUUGUGCUUCCCCUCGCUACGCCCAACCCCGCCCUGCAAGAGGCUCUUUCUUAUAUUUCACGAUGUCUAAGAGAGCUGCGGAUGCCGUUGACGAGCAGUCGGCCGCGCUGAAGGCCGGCGAGCGCCCAAUUGUCGAUGCCACUCCGGACGAAGUGGGGGAGUUUGAAGAUGAGUUUGAGGACGAGUUCGAGAGCGAGGACGAGAUCCUCGAGGCCGGUGUUGAUGGUCGCCCUGACGCAGAGCGCGAGGAGGAGGAGAAAGAGGCCAUGGAAGUCGACAAGGAAACCUUCAUUCCUGGACGGACAAAACUGGGACCUGGCGAGACACUCUCGCCUGAUCCCUCUACCUAUGAUAUGCUUCACACCCUCAGUACACCCUGGCCCUGCCUGUCCUUCGACAUUGUGCGCGAUUCACUCGGCGACAACCGCAAGACCUUCCCCGCAACCGUGUACGCCGUCGCCGGAACCCAAGCAGAGGGAACUCGUGCCAAGGACAACGAAUUGAUGGUCCUCAAGAUGAGUGGAUUGAGCAAGAUGGAGAAGGAGGGCGAGGACGAUGACAGCGACUCGGACUCCGACGACGAUAUGGGCGAGCCCAUCCUCGAACACAAGUCGAUUCCUCUCGGCUCGACGACGAACCGCAUCCGCGCCUUCCAGGCCCCUUCGCAGUCCGCCGACUACUCGAAGCCCCCGCAGACUCUGACGGCUACAAUGCUCGAGAACUCACAAGUCCUGAUUCACGAUGUGACCCCCUACCUUUCUAGCUUCGAUGUGCCCGGUACGAUCCUUCCGCCUUCCGCCUCCAAGCCUCUUUCCACCCUCCGCAUGCACAAGACUGAAGGUUACGCCCUGGACUGGUCUCUGCUGCAACCACUCGGCAAGCUUCUGACCGGUGAUAACGACGGUCUGAUCUACGCGACUUCCCGGACUGAGGGUGGUGGCUGGGUAACUGACACCCGGCCGUUCACUGGUCACACUUCUUCCGUCGAGGAGCUUCAGUGGUCUCCCAAUGAGAAGAACGUGUUCGCCUCCGCCAGCAGUGACGGUAGUGUAAAGGUUUGGGAUGUUCGAUCCAAGUCGCGCAAGCCGGCUGUCGACGUGCAAAUCUCCCAGACCGAUGUCAACGUCAUGAGCUGGUCCAACCAAACUUUCCACCUGCUCGCGACUGGCGCCGACGAUGGCCAGUGGGCCGUCUGGGACUUGCGCCACUGGAAGCCGAAUGCUGCCGGACAGAUCAGCGCUUCGCCUGUCGCAUCUUUCGACUUCCACAAGGAGCCCAUCACUAGCAUUGAGUGGCACCCCACCGACGACAGUGUUGUGGCCGUUGGCUCGGCGGAUAACACUGUCACUCUGUGGGAUCUGGCUGUCGAGCUGGACGACGAGGAGAGCCGCCAGGCUGGCAUGGCUGAUAUCCCCCCGCAACUGCUGUUCGUGCACUACAUGGAGUCGGUCAAGGAGGUGCACUGGCAAGCUCAGAUGCCCGGUACCGUGAUGGCGACCGGUGGCAACGGAUUCAGUGUCUUCAAGACCAUCAGCGUCUAG